UUGGGUCCGGUACUUAGCACUCUUCCACCAAUUCCCACUCCGCUGGCUUUGCCGAGGGCACAGUCCACCAACCCCAUAGUUUUGGUGCCUGAAGACUUUGCUCGCCGCAGUCCAACAGUUCUCCAAACUGCCACACCUUUACCCGAGUCGCCGGAGACCCAAGUCGAUAACGUGCCCACUGCGGAGCCUGCCCCUGUUGCACCGCUGCCUGAGGAGUCUCCCGCUGCUCCGAAAUCCACUCCAUCCACAGGGGGAUUGUUCCCUACCUUAUUCCCGGGAGCCACGCCCAUUCCCAGCUCCACAAUUGAGCAAGUCGGCGUUCCGACUGUAACCGCAACUCCGCCCGUCACACUAACACCUACGGUAAUGAUUACUCCCACCCCGACCCUGACACCGACUCCGACAGGGACGCCAACGUUGACUCCUACACCCACCCUCACGCCUACUCCAACAGUAACUCCUUUGCCGGAACUAACCGUGGCCAUCGCCCUGGAAACAGCCGCGACUGAGGUCCGCGAGGGAGAAGAGUUUGAUGUCAUUGUUCAGGUAAGUGCCGGCGUUACCAAUCGCGUGGAUACAGUGCAGGUCUAUCUGGACUUUGACGCUACUAAACUGGAGGCCAUUUCUCUGGCGUCCGGCGGGCGACUGGAGUACCAGUUGCAGUCUGUCCUGGACAAUUCCGGCGGAAGAGUGGCCUAUGCAGCUGGGACAUUGGGUGACGCUCGGGAACUUCCCUUUACCCUUGGAAUGAAUGUUUACUACCGAGGAUUCGUCAUUCACGAAGAUGUGCCCAAGAUUUGCUACACGAUUUAUGAUCGACGGCCAGACCGGGUGGAACUGGCAACGGUAGGUACCUCCCGCGAAGCAAUGAAAUGGGUGGACUCGCGCAUUUCGAUAGAGGAGAAACUCAAGGACAGCCAGGAGGAGAUCAUGCUUAUACAGUUCAGCAAAAAGAAGAUUCUGUUUGUUCUGCUCCCCAUAUUGACCCUGAUGUUACUUGGGUGCCCUGCUCCAGAAACAAUUGUAGAAGAGCGUGAGGUUAUUAAAGAAGUUCCCGUUGACGUUGUAAGGGAAGUAGAGGUUGUAAGAGAAGUCCCCAUGGAGGUGGUCAGAGAGGUACCUGUAGAAGUCCCCGUAGAAGUGCCGGUAACGGUCAUGGAACAGGUAGAAGUUGUGAGGGAAGUUCCUAUCGAGGUACCAGUAGAGGUUGUCGCAACCCCCACUGCUGGUCCGCCAAUGGCCCCGAUGGAACCCUAUGUUAUCGGAGCAAUGGAUGCGGUGACCGGCAUUGGCGAGAGCUACGGCACUGUAAUUGUGCAGGCUAAGCAGAUGGCGAUUGAUGAUAUCAAUGCGGCAGGCGGCGUCGACGGUCGUCCGCUGCGCUUGAUUAUUGAAGACUCAAGAUGUAACGGGCAGGACUCGAUAACUGCUUACAAGAAGCUCACCGACGUGGACGGCGUAAAAAUCAUUCUGGGAACUACAUGCAGUGGCGCCAUGCUGGGCGCCGCCCCACUGGCAGAAGAAGACGGGGUAGUACUCUUCUCCGCUUCUGCAACCAGUCCGGACAUUGAAGAUGCAGGAGACUACAUUUUCCGGACCGCCAUAAAUGACGCCAAACUGGGCGUGGACGCCGGUAACGCAAUGUGGGUAGAUGGCGUACGCAACCUGGUUACGAUAAACGAGAUCACUGACUAUGCCGAAGGUGUCCAGAAGACCUCAGUUGAACGGUUUGAAGAACUGGGAGGCGUGGUAGUAGCCUCGGAAAAAUACUCUUCGGACGUAACCGACUUCAGGACCCAGCUAACCAAACUAUUCGCCGAGAAUCCGGAUGCCGUGCUGCUGGCCGCCCAGUCGGAAUUUACCGGGGGUACCAUCAUCAAGCAGGCACGAGAGCUUGGAUUUGAGGGGACCUUCUAUACCGAAAUUGUGGCGACCGGUACUACCGCGCUGGAAAUUGCCGGAGAAGCAGCCACCGGGACGAAGUCAAUAAUUCCCAGUCCAGACCUGGAAACACAGAAAGGCAAGGACUUCCUGUCUAAUUUCCGGCAGAGGUACGGUUACGUAACCUUGCCCUGGUUUAUCGGCUCAGCCUAUGACGACGUCCAUAUCGCCGCCGAAUGUCUAGGCCGUACGGGAGAUGACCAGGACGCCGACGGCUUCAGGGAUUGCUUGUACGACAUCACCUGGAGCGGGGCCAUCGGAGAUGGAUACAGCUUCAACGAAAAGGGAGAAGUUGAAGGCCUGGCCAACGCCGUAAUUGAGGUGCUGCCCCUCAGUGAACGGACAGCGGAGAACAACGGGUACAAGGUCCUUGGGCCCGCUCCUUUGCCGUAA